AUGAAACAAAUCGUCGACAACGAAGGGGUUGCGCGGGGGAGGGGCGCGGGGGGUACAGCGGGGGUGCGGGGGGGUACAGCGGGCCCGGCGCGGGGGGAGGGGCGCGGUCUACAACUCUACUACGGCACUCUCGUCGUUAAGUUUACUGUACUGCAUAACCAGGAUACUAGCGAAGGAAAUGAAGCCGGGAACAAUGGGAAUGCCCGGGAAUUCCUGCUCCGAACUGAACCGGCAUGUACCCACUCCUGUGCUCUUUGGAUCAUAAUACCUAUUUGCGGUAUCGGUAAUGGCCAGCCUAACUUGGACCGUUCCGUCUGUGCCACGUCAGAGGGUCGCGUGUAUGUGGAGGGGUCAGCGGACGGUGUACUACAUCAUUCAAAUGGAUUCCAUAUGAUAAGUAAACAAAAGUACGAAAUCAUGGUAACAAUACACGCGGCGCAAUACCGCUAUGAGACGCCGCGGUCGCCCCUCGCGUCGCGCCAAUUAAUUACGGUGGCCAUCUUACCCCCGGAGCUCACCCACGCCCCCUGA